ACCACCCCAUGGGUACAAUCUCCCUCCUCUUCACCUCUCUUCUCAUUACCAUCUCAUCCACCACCUCAGAUCAAAUCCGUCAAGCUUGUAAAGCCACCAGGAAUCCACAGCUAUGCGAAUCAUCACUCGCCCGCUCUCCCAACACAAAUCCAAUCCAAAUACUCCAAUCCGCAGUAUCAAUCACCUCCGAAAACCUCCAUACCGCUCAAUCCAAAAUCCAAUCAAUCCUCAAAUCAUCCCCAAGCAAUCCCAAUCGCACUUCAGCCGCUAAAACCUGCAUCGAACACCUCCGAAACUCAGAGUAUCGUCUAAACGCAACAGCCGUUGCAUUGCCACGUAAGCAGAUCAAAGACUGCCGUGCAUGGACAAGCGCCGCAUUAACCUCCCAGUACGACUGCUGGUCCGCAUUAAGUUACGUGAACGACACCAAAAUAGUCAUUGAUACGAUGUUGUUUAUAAACAAUCUUGUGGGUUACACCAGCAACGCUUUGAGCAUGAUGAUGGCGUACAACGUGUAUGGUGACAAAACGGGGUCGUGGGGGCCGGUGAAGACAGAGAGAGACGGGUUUUGGGAGGGUGGUGGGGACGGGGGUAAGGAGAAAGAGUUGGGGGUUCCGGUUGGGUUGAAGGGUGAUGUGACGGUGUGUAAAGGUGGCGCGUGUAAGUACGCGACGGUGCAGGAGGCGGUGAAUGCAGCGCCGAAUUGGGGUCGUGGGCGGAGGUUUGUGAUAUUGGUGAAGGCGGGAGUGUAUAAAGAGAGUGUUAGAGUGGGGUUAGAGAAGCUGAAUGUUGUGGUUUUGGGUGAGGGAAUGGGCAAAACUAUAAUUUCGGGGAGUUCGAAUGUUGGGCAACCUGGGAUGUCUACUUAUAACUCGGCUACAGUUGGAAUACUUGGGGACGGAUUCAUGGCAAGUAACUUAACCAUAGAGAACACGGCCGGUCCCGAUGCACACCAAGCAGUGGCCUUACGAACCGACAGCGACCAAUCGGUUAUAGAGAACUGUGAGAUCUUGGGCAAUCAAGACACCCUCUACGCCCACUCCCUUCGACAAUUCUUCAAGUCAUGUCGCAUAGAAGGCAAUGUUGAUUUCAUAUUUGGCAACUCAGCUACAAUCUUCCAAGACUGCACCAUCCUAGUUCGUCCACGUCAGCUCACACCCGAGAAAGGAGAAAAGAACGCUGUGACUGCACACGGACGAACUGAUCCCGCGCAAACAACAGGAUUUGUAUUCAAAAACUGUUUGGUAAAUGGGACAGAAGAGUACAUGAAGCUAUACCACAAAAACCCUAGUGUCCACAACAACUUCUUAGGAAGGCCAUGGAAGGAGUUUUCAAGGACUGUGUUCAUUAGUUGCAGACUGGAGGCACUGAUCACACCUCAGGGGUGGAUGCCAUGGAAAGACGACUUUGCAUUGACAACGCUUUAUUACGGCGAGUUUAACAACAGCGGUAACGGGUCAGAUUUGUCGAAAAGGGUGCAAUGGAGCAACCGGAUUCCGACCGACCAUGUCAAUGUGUAUGCUGUAACAAACUUCAUUCAAGGUGAUCAAUGGAAGCUUGCAUAGUACUUUGUAACUUAAAAGUUAAAACAAAUAAACUCUAGCCAGCAUGAGCAAUAAAUAGAAUCCUUAUAGAUGAUAAUAAAAUGACCACAAACUGAGUCUAACAUAACUUCUGAUAAAGUAGACAUUGACAUAAUUAUUGCCAAACAGAUAAACAGACAGUUUGAAUUCAUAAUAAAACGACUUCUUCACAACCACUCCCCACUACAAACAUAUCUAGCAGCAAUUCGACGACAAAUGAAGCAGAGAGAUGGAUUAGAGAUGAACAUGGUGUUUAACUGUUUAUCCCCCUCGGCUUUCCCAGUAUUAUCCCAAUGUCUGCCACUCUUACUUAGUUCACAUGAAA